UGUAUUUGGGCAGGUGUGUUACCUGUACGUGCAACCGUGUAAGGGGCAAGGUUGUAUUCCCUCCCUUGGUUUACUACUUCUUCCGGCACAGCUCACACAGAUAGGUUGAUCAAAUUCUAUGCAAACGAGAUGUAUCCAGCAGAUGGGAAAUAUUGGUGAUUAAAAACUUCCCUCGCCGCAUGUUCUCGCGCUUGUCUGUUCUAAUAUAGGACAUUUGCCAGCCUGCAUUUAAACCUGCUUGCUGUCAGCAAAUAAGCGCUCUUCCUUCAGUGAUAAUAGUGCGUGGAGUCCACCUAAACAGGAUCACAGGGAGCGAGCAGCUUCCUGGUCAUAAAGAAGUGCGUCUUGCUUCAAUUUCAGUGAAUGCCUACGCACCGCAGUCACCACCAGAGCGGGGUUAUUGACGCAGUGUGGAGUCUCCCGGCAGCAUUGCCAACUCGGCUGCACUACAGACGCAUCCAUGAGUGAAACCGCGAUGGCCGUGGUACAGCUCGAUACCGAGGACCAUCAAUCGGAGAACGGCUUUGUGUCCCCCGAAACAGAGUCGCCGGGAUUGCUCACACGCAUUGACAGUUGUGUCUUGCCUUUUCUUGGGGGAUUUGGGAAGUACCAGAGACAGCUAAUCGUGCUGACAUGGAUUCCGGCGUUAUUUAUUGGAUUCAGCCAGUACUCUGAUGAAUUCCUUCUUGCCCAACCGAACAACACAUGUGUUCCGCCUAUGGCAAACACGACUAAUUUGACUAGAAGUCCUUUAUUUCAUGGGGCAAAUAAUAGUUUUCCGCGAACAGCGGCGUACGUUUAUACCAAUGGCACCCACAACGUAACGGCUAGGCAUCUGCAACAUUGUAUGUGCAAAGAGUGGACGUUUGAGCUGCAUACAGGACUCAUUCAGAAUGUGGUUACCAAGUGGAGUCUGGUGUGUGACUCGGCAUGGAAGGUCCACAUCGCUAAGUUCUCUCUGCUUGUGGGCUCCAUAUUUGGAUACCUGGUCUUUGGGGUCCUGGCAGACUGGUUUGGUCGCCACCCGGUCCUGAUCAUCUCAGUCCUGUUCAUGCUGGUGUUCGGUCUGACCGUGGCAUUCUCGGUCAACGUUCCCAUGUUCAGCACCUUGCGCUUCUUCGAGGGCUUUUGCCUGGCAGGCAUCAUCCUCUCCCUCUACAUCCUCAGGAUUGAGCUGUGCCUACCAGCCUGGCGUUUCUCCAUGACCAUGGUUGCCAGCUUUGUGGUGCUGGGCGGGCAGCUCCUUAUGCCGGGGAUGGCAUACCUCUGUCGAGACUGGCAGGUCCUGCAGGCCGUCAUCAUCUGCCCACUGAUCCUCAUGGUCUCUUAUAUCUGGAUCUUCCCCGAGUCUCUGCGGUGGCUGCUGGCCACUCAACAGUAUGGCCGCUCCAAGUGGAUCAUGGGACACAUUGCCAAGAAGAACCAGGUUAACACCGAGCUGGACACUGAUCACAUCCUCACAGAGCUGCAGAAAGCUCUUCAGAAGAAACCCAAAAAGACAUGUAUUGUGAAGAUGGUGGGGACAAGGAACCUGUGGAAAAACAUUGUGGUCCUCUGCGUGAACUCACUGACGGGCUAUGGUAUCCACCAUUGCUUUGCCCGCAGUAUGAUGGACCACCACGAGACCCACGAGUCCACCAUGUUCCACAACUUCUACGCUGACUACUACACCAUGGCGGGCAUCGCAGUGGCAUCAUGCAUUGCACUGUGCCCGGCAGUGUCCCUGAUGGGGAGGAGGGGAGGCCUGCUCAUGUUCAUGAUCAUCACUGCACUGGCAUCACUGCUGCAGCUAGGCCUGCUCAACUUGCUGGGGAAAUACAGUGUACAUCUCAAUAUAGAGCGCUCGGAUACGCUGAAAAAGAACUUCUCCAUCGCCUUCUCCAUCAUCGGCAUGUUCUCCUCCCACGCUGUCAGCAACCUGAGCAUCUUCUUCUGCGCUGAGAUCACCCCCACCGUCAUCAGGGGUGGGGGUCUGGGCCUGGUGCUCGCCAGCGCUGGCUUCGGCAUGCUGACCGCCCCCAUCAUGGAGCUCCACAACCAGAAGGGAUACUUCCUUCACCACAUCAUCUUCGCCUGUUGCACCCUCAUCUGCAUCAUCUGCAUUCUCCUCCUCCCCGAGACGCGCUACCAGCCUCUACCCGAGACCCUGGCCGACGGAGAGUGUUACACCCGCCAGCCACUGCUGCCCCCCAGGAAGCCUGGCGAACAGCGCCUCCUCCUGGCCCAGUUGGAGAGCAACAGGGACUACACCCGGGUCCACGACACGCCGCUGCACGAGGCGGCCGCCACCGCUGUCUCCACAAUGGAGUUCACGGCGUCCUCCGCUGUUGACCGCACAGCACCAUCGGUUAUUGACGUUUCGGCGCCCUCCGCUAGGAAGUUAAUGUCACACCAGCCUGAAUCUGAUGGCAAAUCCACUGAAGACUCCACUGAUAUACCCCUCAUUAAUUCUGUUGCCCCUUUAUCCACUUUCAUUGUUAAUGAUGAGACGGCUCCCUCCCCUACUAAAGACGUUACCAGUAGCCCCCUCACAGAAGAUACCCAUACAUCCAUCUUGGUCAACACUAUUUCCCCUGUCACUGAAACUCUUCCCAUCUCUUUAUUGGAAUCAACCAUUCCGCCAGUACUUGAUUCAACCCCUACCUCCGCAUUGUACCCUUCCACUCCCCCUGUCAUAGAAUCCACCCCUAGUUCCGUAUUGGAUCCUUCCACUCCCCCUGUCAUAGAAUCCACCCCUAGUUCCGUAUUGGAUCCUUCCACUCCACCUGUUAUAGAAUCCACCCCCACUUCAUUGGAUGCUCCAGAAGUAAUUGAAACUCCCCCUACCGCCACAUUGGACUCUCCCCCUGUCAUAGAAACCACCCCUACAUUGGACUAUACCACUCCCCCUGUACUUGACCUUCUACCCCCCUCUCCAACACCCUCCCCUACUCCUGUCAUCAAUGACAUUCUUCUCCCUCCCCCCAAUGCGGACUGUACGACUCCUAUUGAUUCUACUGACCACAUAACCACAGACCCGAUCAUAUACUCUCUAGAUGACAAACUCCCCGCUCCUCCUCCCCCUACAUCAGACUGUACCAUUCCCCUUCUCACAGACUCUGUCCAUACUCUAGAGUUGGACUCAUCCCCAUGUGUUAAUAAUAUUGUUGUUUCUCCCGCUUACCCUGUCGUAGCUCAUGCCCCUGUUCAUCCCCCCAUCUGCCCACUACCACCACCACCCAAUGACUUAGGUCAUAUCCCCACAACAGUGGACUCUUCCAUGCCCCCUGUCAUGGACACUGUUCACACCCCCACUGUGGACUCUACCACUCUCCCCAUCACAGACAUUGUUCAACCCCUUUCAUUGGACUCUACCAUUCCGCUUGUCAUAGACUCACAGCACCCCAACGUAACAGACUCUGAGACCACAGAGGCGGCCACCGCUUCCACAAUAAUGGACUGCACCAUCUCCUCCCCCAUAGACUCGGGUAUCCUCCCUAUAAUGGACUGUACUAUCUCAGAAAACCGCGUCAUCAACGGGGUGGCAUCGUCAUGAUCCAAGGCUCUACCUCUGGAACAAGGAGGUGUGCCCCUUCCUCGUGGCGGAAGAAGCCCUGGACAUCCAGGUCACAUGUAUGGGGUCACUAACUAGCUGAUCAGGCCUUAGACAUUUUGGCUGCUCUGUAGGGAGAAUGCCAGUGAUAGACAGGAGAGGGAACAGCUUGAUAUAGGAACAAGUGUAUCUCUGUGACACUUUUUACUGGCAACAGCCAGAAAACAGGACAGGAGAACCGUUCUGAGGUGACAGUAAUGAGUGGUUACUCUGCCACAGUGUGGAACUGUACAUAACUGACAUCUUCAGCGUUUUACAUUGUUGGGGGAAUCUGUAUGUGUCAUUUUAGACUGAGAAACUACCAGCCAAAACUCCCUUUGACUUCCUCUGACACUUGAUCCCAAUGCUUAGUUGGAGAUGCCAUACAUACCACUAAAAAACAUUUGACUGUACAUUUGCCUCAAUUGCAGACUUAGAUGUACGCCCAAUGUGUUUGAUGUACAUUUGCCUUAUGUAGAAAAACAAAUACUUUAAGAAUACAAUGCAUAAUUUUGAAUGUCAACAGUGCCAGAUAUCUAAACCGAGUUUAGAGUGUCACCCAAUUUGGUUUUUGUUGUCGCUGAAAUUAGUUCUCAGAAACUGAAUGGAAUCUGUGUAGGGAAAAGAGCAAUUUGCCAAAUAUGAAAAACCAAAAGACUCUGAGUUUUGCCCCAAGUAUUGGAGAUGUUUAAAUGUAUGAUGCAAUGAGUUAAAAAUCACAAGCGAAACAUCUCAAGACUUCAGUCCUUAGUGUUAUACGAGCAUGGGUGUAUGAAAAGGUACUAGAGAAAGAGAAUGUUGUGAACUGAAGAGGCAUGUUCAUACGUUUAAAAGGACAAUGGACUGUUUGUCGAGAGAAGGAGAGCUGUACCGGCGACGCGGUAUAAGUGAGAGGUCUGUUGGUCCUUUAGGACUAUGUUGUGCUUGUUGACGUUGCGGUCCUGUAAGUGAAACAUUCGAGAAUUUACAGACUAUAUCAAUGUUUCAUGGGACAUUUUUUUCCACUCUUAAAAACGUUCAUGAAUUGUACUAUAUGCAAUUGGAUCUUGUUAAUGUGAUAUUCUAGGUCAAAUUGCGUAGUUUGUUGUUGUGCUACUGAUGUUGCGCUUGAUCACAAGAAAAAAUAUUGCUAUUAUUUCAUGGGGGGAGGGGGGUGUCCUUAGUGUAUAAAGAUAGGGGGCACUGUUAACAUUAUUUGUGUGAAUGUAAGUGGCACUUUAUCCUUCGCUACGGGGACAAAGCAUGUAAACAAAAAUGUGAACUUUUCCAUGAAACAAAGAGGUGAUGUUCAAAUGUUACCUAAAAAAACACAAGAGCUAUCUCUCUCAAAAGGAUUUUGUCUUCAUUACAAAUACAUCUGUCAUUGCCACCAUCUUGUGUUUGUUUUCUACAUGUAAUUAGUGUAUUUGGUGAUGUAAAAAUAUUUGUAGUAUAUUUCCCCAAAAAUAUACCAGAAAAUAUUUAAACUUCACCAAGGUAUGCAAAAUUGAUAUAUUUGUGAUAUUGACUCAAAUUCUGUUGCGAUUUGAAAUGUCGGCUUAUCCCUCUUUGUUUUUGUUAGUUUUUUUACUUCAAAAAUAUUAACUACCAUUUACAUGAAUUACUUUCAUUGUAAUCAAUACAGACAUGAUAGCGAAAUGUUGUGAUCAUUAUUAGCAAAAACUACAACCAAUGUCUCUGAUUAUUUUUAAUUAAAACAAAAAUAUAUGAAGAGCUUUCUUUUUCUUUGGAAAAACUCAAAUGUCUAGUGGCAACAUCAUGUUUUACCAACGUCUGUGAUUGACUAUUGACAAUAGUACAUACCGGGCAAACAAAAUGGUGGCUGUCAGUUCACUGGUUAGGCAAUUGCAUCAGAUUGUGAUGAGAUCUUUGUGUUGUUAGGCCACUGUUUACAAAUACAACAUCACUUAUUGUGAUGUAGAGCUUCUUUUUUUUUUUCAAAAGUCUUUGAUUGACGUCUUGUCCUUUCAAAUGCCAUGGAGUCCAGUCUUUUACAGUGUGUUUAUUAAUAUAUAUUUAAACAGGAAAAUACAAUGGCUUUGGAGGUGACCAAAGUAUUAUGUAUCAUGCAAUAGCAGCUACUGAUCACUCUACUGUACACUAAUCAUACAGUAGUCAUCACAACACACACUGUCAUGUAGUUCUAUGGAUGUAAAAUGAACUAUGUAAAUACUAAGUGUAACAACCUACUUUCUGUUUAUUCUCUGGUUAUUUACUGGUAAAUAAGCACACUGUUAAAGAAGAUAUACUUGUUGCUGUGGUCUUCAUUCCUAAUACUACAUACACCUUGUCCAGAAAAUUCAAGCACGGUGGAGAAAGGAUAUGUGAAUCAAGUAAAACUUCAUUACACCCCCUGUAUGAGUCUCUUAGCUUCUUUUAAUAUCUAAUAGACUUCACGCCUCAAACCAUGUCUCCUGUACUCCUGUCAAGUCAGAUUACUACAUUUGGUUAGCUGUGAUGUGAGGAUGGUGUUAUUAACGCACGACAGUCUAUUGACACUGGAACAACAGAGGCCAAUCGUACAAAUGUUAAGUGUUUUGUCUGCAGCUGUAGCAAUACUUCUCACCCCACAUUUCUUGAACUGCAACCGCUCUUAUCUUAAAAUGUCACAGUACAACACAUUACAACCUUACGUUACAGUCUCGGAUUUCAUAUGUAAUAGCGACAGCAGCACCAGCGAUGGUGUAUGGUUAGUCAGACGUAUAAUGACUCAUUCUAUUUCUAUGGGUAGAGUGAUGGCUUGGAAAGUGGCUGUACUAAAACAGUCUAAGUAGAUGGACAAUAUAAUACAUUGAGUAUAUAGUGGUAAAGAAAAUGCAUUGAGAUGGAAAAGCAGACUGAUGUUAUGUAAACUGACUAUGAUUCGUUGUGCAUUGAUAGGUUGUGCUAUUAUACAGUGGUUUGGAAAUGGUUUUCAACUGAUCAAAUGACUCCCCUCAUCCUAAAUUGUCCCCACUGCAGCCAAACUAUGUUGCGGAAAAUGAGAAAUAGUCCUGAUGUAACAGUUUCUGUUUUUGCAUGAUUUGAAUGAAUGAAUGUAAAAACAUGGAUUUUAUCAGUUUAAUUUUCCCUUUUUUGUUUUAACUUGAAUAAUGCAUUUGUAUAUAAGCCAUAUGUGUCGGAAUAAACUUCACUAUUUAUUGAUCAA